AUGCAUGAUGAGCCACUUUAUAUGAGCAAUACGCGUCGAGGGCAAAGAUGGGUUGUUUUUGUUGUGCUUUUGACGAUUCUCGCUCGGGGUCUUUGGGAUGUGGGAAACUUGCAACCAGAUUCUUUAGCAACAAAUGAUAGGUUGUCUCUGGUCACCAUCUCUUCCGCUCGUAUCAGCAGCACAAAUAAUUCGUCAGAUAACGGGAUGUUGGCAGCUCAAGGAUCCAAAUCAUCACAUCAUCAAUCAUCAUGUCCUUCUGGGAACAAUAUGAAACAUUUUGAUGCAAUGUACAUCAUGUAUAUGCCACAGCGGAGGGAGUAUAUAGAACAAGUGGUGGAAUAUUAUGGCUUUGCCCAUUGUUUCGACAUUAUAUAUGUACCAGCCAUCAAUAAGAGCUCCAUCGACAAGCAAUGGUUUCAGAACAAGGGAUUCGUUGCUUCUCCUUUCAAAUUGGGAAUUGGCAAAAUUGCCAACCAUUUGACACUAUUAAAGACACUCCGAUUGUUCCUAUACAACUCGGAGAAUGGGGAUGACAGCUUCAGCAACAACAACAACAACAACAACAAUGAGGACCAUAGUUGGAUGGAAUCUAGAUGCAUCAUACUCGAAGACGACAUUGCCACGUUGGCUUCUUCGGAGCAAUUGUCAGGAUGGUGGCGACAUUUCUCGAAAGUAGUUGGCGAUAUGAAGCGGUUGGAUUGGGACUAUGUCAACUUUGGAAGAUGUUAUGCCUCUUGCAAGAAUGACAAUCAUGUGAUGAAUGAUAUCGUUCACUACAAUCAGGCUGCCUGCACCCAUGCAGUCGGAUACUCGUAUGCGGGUGCACUCAAGGCGAUGCAAACUUACCUUCCGCUCCGUGACCGAUCCAAUGAUUUGAUGAUUGCAGAUCAGAUUACAAGUGGAAAGUUUGACGGGAAAGCAUACCAAAUCACACCCAUCCUAUUCAAACAGAACGAGACAAUGAAAAGUCUUUUGACAGAUCAUGGAAAGAGCUGGGAGAAACCAGAAUGCAGCGAUACUGUAAACCAGUCAUGA